AUGCCCACAGUCGAGACAUGGUUCGUGCGACAGCGGAGAAGCUGUGUAACCACGGACAGACUCAAUGUAGGUACCUGGCCACUGUUGCCUGGGGAUGGCAGUGAAAUCCACUUGGCCGCUUGA